GUGUCUUCGCUUGCCAUUCAUUUUAAGCGCAGCAGCUUUGACCUAGCAUCACACAGUUAGAGAUAAGAAGAGCUGUCAGACGCAGUCGCUCAGACUGAGCUCAAUCAAAGCAUCCUGCAGGCUUCAGGUCAGGCGGAAUAACUGGAACUUAUAUUUUACGCGCGGAAGAACUUGGACCUGUCAACUUACUUUAAUUAAUUCAUAACCACCUGCAGCCGAAGAUGGAGCGCAAAUUCCCCGAUUUCUCUGGUACCUGGGAAAUGAAAAGCUCGGAAAACUUUGAAGAGCUUCUGAAAACUCUGGGGGUGAAUGUGAUGCUGCGUAAGAUUGCAGUGAAAGCCGCCUCGAAGCCGCUGGUGGAGAUCUCGCAGGACGGGGAGACGCUGUCCAUCAAAACGUCCACCACAGUCCGCACCACUCACAUCAACUUCACCGUGGGCCAGGAGUUCAAUGAGGCAACCGUGGAUGGCCGCCCCUGCACGAGUUUUCCACGUUGGGAAACAGACAGCAAGAUCAUCUGUGAGCAGACUCUGCACAAAGGAGAAGGUCCCAAGACGUCUUGGACCCGAGAGAUCACCAGUGACGGCAAGCUGAUCCUGACCAUGAGGGCGGACGAUGUGAUUUGCACCAGAGUCUACGAACGACAAUGAACAACAGCACUUCUCACCUUUUUUUUUUUUUUUGCCCUUCCAGUUCCUCUCUCCUCUUCAACGCUCCCCCUUUCUGUGUGCUGGGAGACACCAAUCUGAAGAUUUAUUCCAGUUAAUCUGUUAGCUCCACCAUAUAAUAUUAAUGUGGUAACUGUAUUUAGCAUGUCACAUUUAAAAUCUGAGCUUCUGUCUUCGUUUUCCUUGCGCGUUUUCUGACCUGACCAGCUCCAUUUUGGGUGAUGCAUCGAGUCGCUAAAUUGCAGCUCGUGCAUUUGUUGUCUGUGCGUGUGUGUGUGCGCUUGUGUGUGUGUGUGUGUGUGUGAUUGAGGGUUGUGCAGCAACAGCAGGCGAGAUGUGAGACUAUAUUUGUAGAUGUGUAAGCCAAUCCAUGAGCUCUUCCUUUAUCAGGUCAGUUUUGACGUCUGUCCUCUCCUCUUUCUGGAGCCUUGCUCUCCUUCGCCCCAUGUAAUUUGCUUUUUGUAUUCAUUACUACACAACUUUUUACACUGUAUCUCUUUUGUAUGAAAUAAUAAGAAAACGACCCUUUCUAGGGGGAAAACAUAAACCACCUUGACGUCAGUUCUUUGGCUCUCCUGUGCAGAAAAAAAAAAAAAAAAAAAAACUAUUAAGGAGCA